AUGACCUUCGAACGCGUCCCCCUGGAUUGCUUCCCCGAGACUUUCUCUACCGCCAUUGAAUUGUCUAGCGUCGCACUCGGGGGAUCCAUCAUCUCCGUCUCCGACGAGUUUUUUGCAGAAGCAUUCCAUCUCCUCCUCGUAGAGCCCCCACCAAGCCUCAAAGGCCAAUUCGGCCCCAAAGGCGCGCUAUACAGUGGCUGGGAGUCCAGAAGACACAAUCCCACGUACGAUUGGUGCAUCCUCAAAUUAGGAACAACCGGCUCGAUCUUCGGGUUUGACGUGGACACCACCCAUUUCAAUGGAAACGAAGCUCCACAGGUCUCAGUCCAAGCCCUCUACUUGCCCGAUGGGUCCCUCGCACCCCAAUCUGACGAUCCAAGGUGGUCCGAGAUCCUGCCCAGGGUGGACCUGGGCCCCAGCUCAAGGCACCUUUUCAAAAUCAACCCUACCACAGGGGUGAAUUACGUCAAACUCAACAUGUAUCCUGAUGGAGGCAUAGCGCGAUUCCGUGUCUACGGCCUUGUGGCCCCAGUCUUCCCUGCCGAUGCGUCAAAGCAGUUCGACCUGGCCCAUGUGUUCUCCGGUGGCCGAGUCGUGUUUACCUCUGAUCAGCACUUCGGGGUCGGAUCCAACCUGAUCAUCCCUGGAAGAGGCAUGUCUCUCAUUCUGCCCGUCUGUGGCAAGGAUAUGGGGGAUGGCUGGGAGACGAAACGAAGCAGAAAGAGCGGCCACAAGGACUGGGCGAUCAUCAAACUCGGAGAUGCUGGUCACCUUUCACACGUCGUCAUCGAUACCGCACACUUUAAAGGCAACUUCCCGGAGUCAUGCGAGCUCCACGCGCUGACAAGCGAUGAGCUGGUUCCACAAGAUGCACCAGAGGACAGAUGGUCCGUUAUAUUGCCGCGCACGAAGCUCGGCCCGCAUAGGGAGCACUCGUUCCAGUUGGAGAAUGUUGAUGAUGUAACAUUCACGCAUGUCAGAAUCACGAUAUACCCAGAUGGUGGAAUCAAACGUAUCCGCGUGUUCGGUCGGCGCACAGGUACCGCGGCGACACUUACUGAUACUGCAGUCGAAGAGAACGUCGGCGUAAACUCGCCCCAGCCGGCCGUCGCCCCCUCUGUCUCUUCUGGGCCCGCAACUGGACCCGGACUCCUUGCGCUUCCCCUCACUGCUGAGGCGUUCGCGCCCUUUGGGCAAGUUGUGCAGGCCUAUGAUGAUGUCAAUGCCGUCCCCGCGCCGCGUACGACACGUGUGACGGACGCGAACCAGGGAACGGCGAAGAAGUUCCACAAGCUCGCACCGAUUGCCGCGUCAUACCCGCCCGGCACAGGUGCGACAGCAGGCCUGUCUGUGUACCGCUGCCAGCCGACAAAGAUCCACCCUGGUGGGCGGGUUCCGGUGACAGUGCUGGAACGCCACCCGUACACGAACCAAGCAUUCAUCCCAAUGGGCUCGAGCGAGGAGCUACGAGACCCGGCGAGUAGGUAUUUGGUGGUGGUUGCGAAGAACGGGGGAGAUGAUAGGCCGGAUAUGAAGAGCCUACGCGCGUUCGUGGCGUCUGCAGGACAGGGGAUAGUGUAUAACACUGGAGUUUGGCACCAGCCCAUGACGGUGUUGGAUAAGCCGAUGGAUCUCACUUGUGUAGAGACGCAAAUUGGUAACGGGGACAAGUCGGAUUGCGAGAUCCUCGAAUUGGAUGGAUCAGCAGGACACUACAAUUCCGAGAAAGCCGGAGAGGCACGAGAGGGACCGAUCGAUCCAAAUUUAAUGAACGAUCUCGACUGCAAUUUUGACCUCGCCUCGCCUCUCGAAGGCCAUCUACUUGCCCUCCCCGCCACCACUCAUCCCGACCCCAACUCUGGAAUUGAGAUUGUAAACCAGCUCCUCCUGCCGCAUACAACCGAAUUCAUCGAGAUCAAUACCAUCGAGCAAGCCCACGAUGCGAUCAAGUCCAUGAAAAUCCGCGGUGCACCCGCUAUCGCGUCCCUCGCCGCCCUCGCCGUCGCGUCGGAUCUCUCCCGGGCCCUCCAAGCAGAUCCCGCUCCCGACUUUCUCUCCUCUCCCCAAGCACUGGAAUCGCAUGUCUCAAGACACCUCGCGUUCCUGUACACCGCGCGCCCCACCGCGGUGAACCUCGGGGCAGCGACGCGUCGCCUGACCCGCACGCUCCAGGCGUCCGUAGCGGCUGGCAAGGAUGCGCGGGCGAUCGCAUAUGAUCUCAUUGCGGAGGGAAGGGAGAUCGACGCCGAGGACGUGAGCAGGAACAAGCAGAUGUCGAAGUGGGGAGGCGAGUGGCUGCUGGAGAGGGUCAAGGCGAGCGGGCAGCCCGGUACGGGCCUAAAUGUGAUGACGGUAUGCAACACCGGGUCGCUGGCGACCUCAGGCUAUGGCACGGCCCUUGGUCUGAUCACCUACCUCCACGAGACAGGAGUGUUGAAUCGGGCCUACUUCACUCAAUCGACGCCAUAUCACCAGGGUUCGCGGCUCACUGCGUUCGAGCUACAAACUCUUGGGAUACCGUCGACGAUGCUCUGCGACAGCAUGGUCGGUUCGCUCUUCCAGCAUAACCAGAUCCAUGCUAUUGCUGUCGGCGCUGACAGGAUAGCACGGAAUGGCGACACCGCAAACAAGGUUGGGACGUAUAACGCUGCCGUGCUUGCUGCUCGCCACAAGAUCCCAUUCGUCGUCGUCGCCCCCAUCAGCACAGUCGAUCUCGACAUCGCAGACGGUAGCGCAAUUCCUAUUGAACACCGGCCACCACUGGAGGCAUGCCUCGUCCGGGGGGCACUCUACCCAGCUUCAGUGGGCGCACAAGGUGUGAAGGAGCAGGCGACGGUGAUGGUGACGCCGGAGGGACGGGACAGCGAGGGCGUGUACAACCCAAGUUUCGACGUGACGCCGGCUGAGCUCAUUACCGCCAUCGUAACAGAGAAGGGGGUAGCUACCAAGAGCGACGGAGCGACGGCAUUCGAUUUGUCAAGUGUUGUGUAG